AUGUCUGCUUUGAUUUUCAUUGAUCAUUUCGUGCUGGAAAUUGAAUUAAUUGGUUCUUUGAACAACGGGGAGGAGAGAGAAAGAGAUGAUGAAUUUGGAGAAGAUGAAGAUGAAUCCAUUUUAAUGGAACAGCCUGAACGGUUCUGCAUGUUUCCUGUUCGUUAUAAUCAACUUUGGGAGAUGUAUAAAAAAUCCGUCGCUAGUUUUUGGACUACUGAGGAGGUUGACCUCUCCUCUGACGUGCAGCAGUGGGACUCUCUAUCAGAUUCAAAGAGACAUUUCAUAUCCCAUGUACUGGCCUUUUUGGCUGCGUCAGAUGGAAUUGUUCUUGAGAACCUUAAGCUUGCUGCAAGAUUUUUGAAUGAUGUUAAAGCUCGAGGUUUCUACGGAUUUCAAAUCUCAAUGGAGAACAUACAUUAUGAGAUGUAUAGUUUGUUAUUGGAGACAUAUCACAUAUAAGGGACUCGAUCUAUUGAGAAGAACCACUUGUUCAAUGCCAUUGAGACGAUUCCAUGUAUACUGAAGAAAGCAGACUGGACUUUAAAUUGGAUUCAGAGUACAAAUUCUUUUGCAGAAAGAAUUGUUGCUUUUGCUUGUGUUGAAGGGAUCUUCUUCUCAGGAAAUUUUUGUGCCAUAUUUUGGCUUAAAAAGAGAGGCUUGAUGCCUGGUUUGACUUAUUCAAACGAGCUUAUUUCAAGAGACGAAGGCCUACACUUUGAUUUUGCCUGUCUUUUGUACAGUUUGUUACGUAAGAAACUACAGCCAGAGAAAGUUGAAAAGAUUGUGCAUGAAGCUGUUGAAAUUGAGACAGAAUUUGUAUGUGAAGCAAUUCCAUGUGCUUUGAUUAGCAUGAAUGUUGUGCUGAUGAGGCAGUACAUAAAAUUUGUUGCUGAUCGACUCCUGGUUUCUUUAGGGAACCAAAAGAAAUACAAUGUAACAAACCCUUUCGAUUGGAUGGAGUUCAUAUCACUGACGGGUAAGACAAACUUGUUCGAGAGAAGGGUGGGUGAGUAUCAGAAAGCAUCAGUAAUGUCAAAUUUAAAGGAUGGUAACAACAACUUUGUGUUCAAGCUGGAUGAAGAUUUUUAG